GCCGAGGCAGUGAAGCACAAGUCAGGUCCAUAAAAGAAGAGAUCAUGAGACUCUUAAUUCAUCCAAUUCCAUUCCUCUCCCUGUUUCGCGCCUUAUAUUCUUCUCUCUUCGCACUGACGACACGGCGCAGAAGAAAAAAAAUACAAAAUUUGCUGACUUGGUGUCUGUCUUCUGUGGAAGGAAAUGAUGAAGUUGUCCUAUCAUGGAGUUUCUAUGGUCUUGCCAAUAACAAGGUUAUUCUGUGUUGAAAUGAGACUGAACAUAGUGGAAUAAAUACAAAUUUCAUGUGAAAAAUGCGGUCCUAGAGUUUGGAAUUGCAGCAAGAUUUCUUUUUGAAAGCUUAAAUGUCAGGAAGCAAAGUGUUGCUAACGUAUAAGCGAAAGCGGCAAUCAAGAACAGAUCCUGUACAGGGACAUGAGUGCCAUAAUUCACUUUUUGUUGCUCCCGAUGAUACUUCUUUAAGCAAACCACCAGACUUGCAAGUUCAUUUGAUUGAUAAGCGUUCAUCAGAACAUUAUAACAGAAAUUCUGCGGUAUGCCAUGUAUGUUUUGUGUGCUGUGUCGGGGGUAACCUGAAGCACUGUGGCAAAUGCCUUCAGUCGUAUCAUCUCCAAUGCCUAGAUAAGCCCCAUAAAGAAAUGAAACACACUGAAGUAUCUGGCACAAGACAAAUAUCAAUUAAAUCCUUUCCGACAAGUCUUGAUGAGGUUCCCACCCAAAGGGAUGCAUAUGGGAAUAAGUCUAGUGGCAAGAAAGUUGGCUCAUCUUCAAAUGCUAAUGCUGGAGCAUUGGUUGAUUAUAAUAAUGUUGGAGGGAGGUCAGUUUCUCAAUUGGUGAUGAAUUCCGCUGUAAUUACUGCUGAUUUUGUCAGACAAAAAUCAUCAUCAGCAGCAGCAGCAUUUGAAAGAAAAAGCAGCUCUGAAUGUGAUGGUAGCUCACCAAGAUUGAAUACAUCAAACUUAGAAGACACUGAUUCAUUCUCUAGAAAUAACUUAGAUAAAUUAGGUGGUGAUUCAGCUGCGCAAAACAAGUUGACCACCCCAUUGGUUACUUUCUGCCGAAGGAAUAAAAGAAAAAAGGAUAUGGAUGAGUCUAAUAUACAAAGGAAAUCACUGCCUGUGGAAAAUAGCUGCUCAUUGAUAACCAAAUUGAAUAAUUCUGUUUGUACUAAUACCAGUUCUUAUGAAGAAACUUCCCCUGAAAACUGCUCAGUAGAUCAUGAAGCAGAUUUGAAGCACUCCAGAGAGAUCUUUGAUUUUAGAUAUGCUCAUGCUGGAUCUGCUGCCGCUGGAACUAAAAUGUAGGUUCACAUUAACUUCAGAACUUAUUGGUUUCUUAUAUUUUAAUUGCUUACUUCAUUCA